AUGGCUUGUAGUGAGAGUGAUUUUGUGUUUCUUAUUUUAACCCACAUGGAAGAUGACGGUUGCACAUUUUGGGCGCAGCAACAUUCGCCAACGAUCAAAUUGGAUUUGGAACACAUGACAAGUCGCAUGGAAAAAAUCGCAUCAUCCAAUCCCUGUAUGAUUGAUGAUCCGAUAAAGGGUAGGGUGUAUGGAUGCAAGUUCAUUGACGACUCUUGGUACAGAUGCAAGCUUUUGUUUUCAAUUUCAAAAACCAAAUACCUCGUGCAGUACAUAGAUUAUGGAAAUUGUGAGGAAACAAUACAAGGAAGUUUGUUGAACGUUCCAAUUGAUCUUCAGGAAUCUAGUAUGCCUGCAAUGGCUCACAGAUUCCGUCUUCACGACAUCUUCGUAGAUCAUGACAAAGUUGAAAUGGUCCAAAAAUGUGUCGAAAGUAUGUGCAAUGAUUGUUUUGUUAAAGCUCAUUUGAAAACAGCACUGGAAAGUCCACCGACUGAAGUCGUUCUAUAUAAUGAUGAAGGACGAAGCAUUUGCGAUCUCCUACUCAAAACAGGCUUGGCAAAAUCAUCUUCUCUUGUGGAAGCAAAAGCGAAUGUUAUAAUGUCUCCACCACUUGUUUCCAAGGCCCAAAAAUAUCGCAAUCCUCUUUUGAUAUCGUCUUCUGACGACAGUGGUGACGACUAUAACAACAAUAUAUUCCGCAAAUAUUCUCCCACUAAAGUAAAAUUUACAAGUCAAAGUAGUGGAUUUGAUAGCAUGACAGAAGGGGAAUUUGAUUCAUUUUCGAAAGGUGAUGGUGGAAGAAAAAAAAAGAUGAAUACCAAAGUGCAAUGUGAGUUUUGCCAAGAGAAUAAGGAUGAACUGCAGAGGAUGAGGCUUUCAAUGCUAAAAAUGCAGCAAGAACUAGCGGAUAAUGGGCAUAAAAUUUCCGAGCUUGAAGAAAAAGAAGCAAUUUGGAAGAAAAAGUACUCAGAAAUUGAGGGAAAGCAGAUAGGAAAGGAAACACAAACCGAAGAAAAACAAAAUCAUGUUUCUGAAGAACAAAAGAAAUUGGAAGAUCUAGAAAUUCCUGACCAGAAAUCAGAUAUUGCUUCACCUUCGGAACAAGUUGUGACAUCUUGUUCAAGUGAUGAAGUUGAUAAUUCCGCUGUUAUUAACCCAACAAAAGUUUCACCAAUGAAGAAAUCAGCCAAUGAGUUUGUCAUGGAUGCAAAUACCAUCAUGAAAAAAGUGAUUCUGCCGACUUUUGAUUUUACAAAAAAGCUUUCUUCAUCUUGUAAAAUUAUUGAUGAUUGUCGCAAGUAUUAUGAAAAUUUGAGAGAAAUAGUAGCGAAUAUUAAACUUCAAAUUGAUAACAAGGUAAAUCAAAAUUCUGACGGCUUUUUGUCUUUGGUGGCAAUGAGGAACACAGUUUUGCUAGAUUUACAACAAACCAUCCGUUCUACUUUGCCUCUGAUUUCUCUUCCGGAGGAUGAGCUGCUAAAAGAAAGAGUACAUAUUUUUAUGGUUCCUUUGAAAAAACUAGUUGAGGAUUGCGAAAUGGAGAAUUUGGAUGGAGAUAUUGGAGUUUCCGACGUCAAUGACGCUAUUCAAGAAUGGAAAUUAAACAAAGAAAAUUUCAGCGAUAUUUCAAAUAUAGUUCGCACUCUCAUGACAUGCCUUUCUAAUCAAAGCAAAAAGAUUUUUACAGCGGGAGAGUUUCUCGCUAAAGUUAGACCGAUACAGGAUAGUAUUGCUUCCUUACAAGCUCAAGAAAAAAUUAUCAAAGAUGUGGUUGAUGAGAUGAAAAGUAUAAAAAAGAAAAAACAGAAGAUUCGACUUCAUAUCGCCACUUUAAAAAAUUUGGAAGAGGAUGAAAACGAUGCUUCUCCUCCUGAAAAAGAAGCUUUGAAUUUGGAGAAAAAUCAAAUUGAAAACGAAUUAUCUCUUCUCAGAGAAGAAAUUCACGAAUGCUUUGAAAACAAGUGGAUUCUUAUGGAGAGUUUAGCCGAUAUGGUUGAAAAUUUUAGUCCUGAGUUACAAACUGAACACCCAGAACUAGGAAUCAAGGAAUACAUUGACGGAAAAGGUGUUAUGAUGAGUGAUAUGGAACUGGAUCAUUUCAAUAUAAAAGGCAUUGAACGAAACGAAGUUUUGAAGUUGGAAUAUCAAUUAACUGAAUACCGAGGCCAACCGAUAAUGCUGACCAAAUACGAUUCGCGUUUGAUGUCCGAACCUGCUUGGGAUAAAAUUCUAACUGAAAUUGCAAUAUACACUAAUAUUGAAGGUCAGAAUGUCAUUGCGCCGAUGGGUGUUUUCAUCGAUAAAGAUGCAAUUUAUGUGAUGCUCACUGUGCCGCAGUAUCCGAGUGUUCUUUUACCUCGAAAAAAGGGACUUGACAAACCAAUGGCAAAAGGAAUUCUGAAAAAUAUUGCUUCCGCUCUAAACAUGUUACGUGAAAAUGGAAUUUAUCACGGGCAAGUAACUCCUAGUUCAGUGCUUGUGGCAGAGCAAUCUCCUCAUCAAGCUUGUUUAUCUGUUCCUAAUUUCAUGAUCAGAAGUCAGAUGAACCAGGAAAACACACAGGAAAGUAUUGCUGCAUCUCUUGCCAAUGAUGUGUACAAAUUUGGUAUGCUUGCUAAAGUUCUUGAGGAAAAAACAGAAGGAGAUGCCGUUUUUGAAGACGUUGUAAAAUUAUGCCUUGAGAAGUCUUCUGAUAUAAAUAUGCAGUCUAUUAUUGACAUCCUGUAG